CAGUUUGCGCUGUACGGACAUUAUUCGCGGAAGUACUGUGGCUGUGAUGUCAUGUUUGGAUUGGAAGCAUGGCUGCUAGAUUAGGUCAAGGAAUUUUUAACAGCAUUAAAUGUUUUUGUCCCAGAUUGUCUGGCCAAUCAAAUGUUUUAUACGUGAAAGGUGUACGCAUUUAUCCCAGCCAUGCCAAGUCGACAGUUCAGGGUCCACCUAUUGACGAUUGCAACGUGGAAAUUGGCGUGACGUCGGAUGGAAAAACAGUUGUGUGCUACCAUCCUGCAGCUGAAUUCCCAUACGAGUUAAGUCAGCCCAUUCCUCGACCUGAUCCCAUAACCUCCCCUCCAGAAACACAUGACCAAGUUUUAAAAGAGCGACUCAGCCAAGACAGGCUGAAGAACAAGCAGGCUCCCACCAUUGAGGAGCUCAGCAAGAUGUUCUACACCACAAAGCAUCGCUGGUACCCAAGAGGACAAUAUCACAUGAGGCGCCGAAACCAGAAUCCACCAAAAGACCGUUAAUAUUGUCCUGGAAUGUACAUUUAUAUGUGAACUCAUAUGCUUAUUGAUAUUAUUGUGUUAUUUCGUCCAAUAAAUGUGUAAGUAAACAUA